AUGGAUCUCUGGGUUGGACUGAACCUGCAGGACAGUAGAUCUCCAGGAAGAGGGUUGGGCAGCCCUGGUCUAGUACCUAUAGGUGAUCCUAUAGGACACUACUGCUCCUCACAUGGAGGACUAGGACCUAUAGGUGGUCCUAUAGGACACUACUGCUCCUCACAGGGAGGACUAGGACCUAUAGGUGAUCCUAUAGGACACUACUGCUCCUCACAGGGAGGACUAGGACCUAUAGGUGGUCCGAUAAGACACUACUGCUCCUCACAGGGAGGACUAGGACCUAUAGGUGGUCCUAUAGGACACUACUGCUCCUCACAGGGAGGACUAGGACCUAUAGGUGGUCCUAUAGGACACUACUGCUCCUCACAGGGAGGACUAGGAUCUAUAGCUGGUCCUAUAGGACACUACUGCUCCUCACGGGGAGGACUAGGAUCUAUAGCUGGUCCUAUAGGACACUACUGCUCCUCACAUGGAGGACUAGGACCUAUAGGUGGUCCUAUAGGACACUACUGCUCCUCACGGGGAGGACUAGGAUCUAUAGCUGGUCCUAUAGGACACUACUGCUCCUCACAGGGAGGACUAGGACCUAUAGGUGAUCCUAUAGGACACUACUGCUCCUCACAGGGAGGACUAGGACCUAUAGGUGGUCCUAUAGGACACUACUGCUCCUCACGGGGAGGACUAGGAUCUAUAGCUGGUCCUAUAGGACACUACUGCUCCUCACAUGGAGGACUAGGACCUAUAGGUGAUCCUAUAGGACACUACUGCUCCUCACAGGGAGGACUAGGACCUAUAGGUGGUCCUAUAGGACACUACUGCUCCUCACAUGGAGGACUAGGACCUAUAGGUGGUCCUAUAGGACACUACUGCUCCUCACAUGGAGGACUAGGACCUAUAGGUGGUCCUAUAGGACACUACUGCUCCUCACAUGGAGGACUAGGACCUAUAGGUGGUCCUAUAGGACACUACUGCUCCUCACAUGGAGGACUAGGACCUAUAGGUGGUCCUAUAGGAUACUACUGAUCCUCAUGGGGAGGACUAGGACCUAUAGGUGGUCCUAUAGGACACUACUGCUCCUCACAUGGAGGACUAGGACCUAUAGGUGGUCCUAUAGGACACUACUGCUCCUCACAGGGAGGACUAGGACCUAUAGGUGGUCCUAUAGGACACUACUGCUCCUCACAGGGAGGACUAGGACCUAUAGGUGGUCCUAUAGGACACUACUGCUCCUCACAGGGAGGACUAGGACCUAUAGGUGGUCCUAUAGGACACUACUGCUCCUCACAUGGAGGACUAGGACCUAUAGGUGAUCCUAUAGGACACUACUGCUCCUCACAGGGAGGACUAGGACCUAUAGGUGGUCCUAUAGGACACUACUGCUCCUCACAUGGAGGACUAGGACCUAUAGGUGGUCCUAUAGGACACUACUGCUCCUCACAGGGAGGACUAGGACCUAUAGGUGGUCCUAUAGGACACUACUGCUCCUCACAGGGAGGACUAGGACCUAUAGGUGGUCCGAUAAGACACUACUGCUCCUCUGAUUUGGAUGGAAUUGAGACACUGAUCUCUUACACUCAGUUUUCUUUCUUGUUUUCGCUCUCUCAUUUUCGUUCUGUCUGUCGCUCCCUCUUUUCCCUUCUCUGUGCCCCCUCGUCCUUCUCACGCUAACCCACUCACUCACACUGCUGGGUAGAAGAAAAAAACAGUGAAGUGAUUCCUGUUUUCACAAAUGAGAAAGAAAAGCUUUCUCUCUCUCUCUCUCAUUGUUACAGUUUAUAAGGAGUCAUAUUUCUGUGAUUUAUCCAAGUGCUCUUUUCUGUAACUAGCUGUUACCAAUAGUGUUGAAGUGGUCCUACUGGAGGGGGGCAGGGCAGUGGUGGUAAACUAUGAAGCUGUUUCUCUGUCAAUGUGUUUGUGUGCUUGGAGAAAAGGUGGGACAACCAAAACUGAAUGUCUGCAUUUUGUGUUUGUAUGUGUGCGUAUGUCAGUGAAGUCGUGUGAGCGCUCAAAUGGAAGCCAGCUUGACAUGCAUUGGUAUCAGUAGAAUAAUUGGCGACAUCACACAAGAGAUUUUCCGACUCGGAGCUCAAAAACCUACUCUGGAUUUCCAAAAAGCGAUGCAGGAGGGAGUACUACUUUAACUGUAAAAUUCAGUGAAAUUAACUAGUAUUGAGCUUUUUUUUUGACUGGGAUCGUUGUGAACAGAACACAAAGUUGCUACAGAGAAAAUGUAUGAAUGAAUCACUGUACAAGGUGUGUAGGUACGGAUUUUUAAACCCUGUUUUUAAUUCAGGACUUGUCUCAACACAUCUGGUCUUUGAUCGAGACGCACCAGGCAUGUGAUUUACAACGGUCGACUAGCACUUAGUUACUUAAGCAGACCUCUUUUUACUCGAAUUAUGAGAUUUGUAUGUUUUAUUCUUGUUAUUUUGUUGCUUCGUUUCCUCUUUCAAAUGUCAUAAACGUCUGCUGUACUAUCAAAAAUGGCCGCACAGGUGGUGUUGAGUGGAUCAGUGACGGGGCUCCGUUCUGGCCACAACAUCAGGUGUGUGUUGAAUGUAGUGAUCACGCCCGCUCCUCUUCGUAUGCUGUCUGACUGCUGACAGUCACUGGUCAACGAGAUCCAGGUUUUUCUCUGUCCUGAUAGUCAUGUGAGCCUUGUGUCCAUUGUGUGCCGUUUGGAAAUUGUUUCUGAGACUAACUAUUAUUGUGUUUUUGUCUAGUUCUGUUGUUUUCCACCUCACUGUUUCCCUGACCCCUUUUUGAAGACAUUGCUACUCAUUUAACAUUCAUAAAUGUUUAAUUCAAUGAAAUAUUAUUUCAAUUUAAA